AUGGCCCCCACUGUCGCCAAAAAGGCGGAACCCGCCAAGACCAGCCCCCCUAAGCUGUCCGAUGUCGCAGACCUCAUUGAUGAGAGCACUUUUGAACAGAUCUUGGAGAUGGACGAUGACGAUGAGCGUGAUUUCAGCAAGGGCAUCGUUUACGGCUUCUUCGACCAGGCCAAGGGCACUUUCGAAAACAUCGAAGCCGCGCUUGAUAGAAGGGACCUGAAGGAUCUUUCUCAGCUCGGACACUUCCUGAAGGGUUCGUCAGCAACCCUAGGCCUCAACCACGUCCGGGAUGGAUGUGAAAAGAUUCAGCACUUCGGCAACGGCCUGGAUGAGAACGGCAGCGGCAAGUUGUCCAAGGAGACUUGUCUCGCGAACAUUGCCAAGACCCUCAAGGACGUGAAGGUGGAGUACGCCAAGGUUGAGAAGUUCCUGUGCCGGUACUACGGCGAAGAACUUACCGAGGAGGAAGAGGAGCCGGUGGAAAAGGAGGAGACGAAGAAGGAGCCCGCGGAUGAGGCCAAAGCCGACGUCAAAGAGGAGGAAAAGCCCAAAGCCGAGCCUAAGAAAUAG